UUAUUAGAAGUUCAAACUGGAUCUUUUUGGAAGUGCAACAUCGAUCAUGCCACGGCACUCAGCAGGCAAAGCAUCUUGAUUUGCUGUGACCGGAUGGCCUGCGUUCCCAUAUGUCCCUGAUUUUCUUUGCUUUGUGCAUUAGAGCAGAAAAGGGUAGGUCACCCGACGGCUAAAAGACAAGUCGAUAAGAUACUGUCACUGAUUUCUGGUUGACAAGUUGCUGAAAUCAGACACGUGUCUCCGUUUGCUUCUCGCCUUGGGCGGUGCAUGCAGCCGGAAAGAAGCGACGUUCUCUCAUCUCAUAUCCAAAUGUAACCGUGACUUCAGCUGUUUCGCUGGUCCUCGAUGUCACGCGUUUAGCUCACCGGAAAACCAAUCAAAUCUGACAGAAGCUUCAAUUCGGCUAGUCAUCGAGGCUCGAUAGAGAGCAAAAGGAGUUGCAGACUUGCAGUCCCCUUUGAUUUUUUGAACGCGGCAAAAGGCAUUCCAACUCUAUCAAUCCAGUCCCGUCAGUACGACAGGUUGACAACAACCUGCAACCAACACAAAGGCCACAUAUCUCAUGCUUGACCAAAUGAAACUCUUUGGAAAGACUUCAAAUUGGACAUUUGAGUCAAUCUCCGUGUCCCUGAUCACCGACCUGCUCGCGGCGUACGUACUUGGCAGCAAGCAAAGCCUUAAAACUCACGCGACAGCGCCCUUGGGUUUUGCUUCUUCUUCCUCCUCCGCUCAUCUCCAAUUCCGGAGACUUCGGCAAUGGGCGCGCCCACGUCUCCUCUGCCUGUCCUCCUUGCUACAGCGGCUGCGAUAUUGUUAGCGCUCGUCGCCUCGCCGGCUGCGGCGUUCCCGGCCGGCUUGCCAGAGCCCCCGUUGUUCCCGAACCCGUGGUCGGCGUUCCAGAACCUCUCCGGCUGCCACAUGGGCGAGGAGCGGGCAGGGCUGGGGAAGCUCAAGGACUACCUCAGCCACUUUGGGUACCUCCCGGAGCCAUCUUCUUCCUUCAGCGACGCCUUUGACGCCGACCUGGAGGCGGCCAUAGCCACGUACCAGCGCAACUUCGGCCUCAACACCACUGGCGCCCUGGACCCCUCCACCGUGUCCCAGAUGCUCGCCCCUCGCUGCGGCGUGGCAGACGUCAUCAACGGCUCGUCCACCAUGGACCGGAGCUCCAACGCCACGUCGGCCUCCGCACGUGGCAGACACCUGUACGCCUACUUCCCCGGCGGGCCCUCGUGGCCGCCGUUCAGGCGCGAGCUCCGGUACGCGAUCACCGCGAGCUCCGCGAUCUCCAUUGACAAGGCCGCGCUGAGCGGCGUCUUCGAGCGGGCCUUCGCGCGGUGGGCCGCGGCGACGACGCUGCGGUUCGCGGAGGCGGAGUCCGCGGCCGACGCCGACAUCACCAUCGGGUUCUACGCGGGGGCCCACGGCGACGGGGAGGCCUUCGACGGCCCGCUCGGCACGCUGGCCCACGCCUUCUCCCCCACCGACGGCCGGUUCCACCUGGACGCGGCCGAGGCCUGGGCCGUGUCCGGCUCCGGCGGGGACGACUCCUCCGGUGGGCCGGGCUCGGCGUCGGUGGACCUGGAGUCGGUGGCCGUCCACGAGAUCGGGCACUUGCUGGGCCUGGGCCACUCGUCGGUGCAGGGCGCCAUCAUGUACCCGACGAUCCGGACCGGGACGAGGAAAGUAGAGCUGCGGCAGGACGACGUGGAAGGGAUCCAGAGCUUGUAUGGGAGUAAUCCGGACUUCAAGGGCGGCGUCGCGCCGACUUCGCCGUCGACGAGUAGCAGGGAGACGGACAGCAGCUUGGGCGCGGUGGGUGCCAGGCCGGGGAUCGUCAGUGGAGGAGUUGGGGGAGUCGUUGUGGCAGUUGGUCUGCUGCUUCUGCAGAUGCUACUAACACUGUAGUAGAAUGUCUGUCUGUCUAGCUGCUCGUUUGUGGUUUGCUUUUGCUGCGUGCCGACGUGUGAUGAUGGUCCAUUAGCUUCGAUUUGGUGUGUAUCCGACUCAUUGGUCAUUGAUUCUUGGAUAGAUUCGUGUGUAGAUAUACAAUACACAGAAUAUAUAGAUUACACACAUCGUAUAUAUGUUUCCUUUUGUUGAGUAUAUAUGAAACUCUCUCUAGUUAUACUA